AGGUUUUACCGCUCACUUUUUUACUGUAAAUAUAAUCAAAAGCACUUUAGAUUUCUGCUCAGUUCUUGAGCGAAUUAAAAUCUCAUUUCGAUAAAAUCUAUUCUGAUGUUCUCAGUGAGGCUCUUAUAGAUUACGAAUAUAAUUUUCAUAUGUUUAAUUCAGUAUUUGUGUAGUGAAUUAAUGUAUAAGUGUUAGAAAUGUUUUUACUGGUUGAUGAAGAUGACACCGUGUAAAAAUGUACUUAUUCGUCGAAGACUGGCGGACUUCAAAUGGCUGGACUGAACCAGCUGGAUAGUGCAGCAGCUGGACAGUGAACCAUUGUAGUGCACCAGCUGGGCAGUGAACCAUUGUAGUGCACCAGCUGGGCAGUGAACCAUUGUAGUGCACCAGCUGGGCAGUGAACCAUUGUAGCGCACCAGCUGGACCGUAUAGCCCAUUAUUGUGUAGAAGCUUAUGAACCACAUAAACAGUGAACCAUUAUAAUUCACCAGUUGGUUCUUAACCCAUUGAAAUGUACCAGCUGGACUGCGACACAGUGUAGUGCAACAGCAGUGGUGUGACACAUUAUUGUGCACUAGUUGGACUACGAACUAUUGAAGUGCCGCGUCACGAGAUCAAGACACUGAAGUGUCUCAGUAGCACUCAUAUCAGGACACUGAAGUGUCUCAGUUGCUCUAGUGUAUCACUCAGGAGUGACAGGACACACGAUGCUGGGACAACGUACAGGCGUAACGUGUAUCAGGAACACCUUGUGUGUGCUCAACGCUGUAACGUGGUUGCUUGGUUGCGCUGUGCUCGCUACCGGCAUUUGGCUGAGGUUGGCGUAUGAAGGAUACGCUUCUCUCCUUCGUCACUACGUCGUCAUCUCGGCAGACUCUCUGUGCAUCGCCGCUGGGGUCAUCACCUUCGUGCUCUCCUUCUGCGGCUGCUGCGGGUCCUGGUGCCACAACCGCUGCAUGCUUAUCUCGUACUUCUGCCUGCUGGUGUCGGUGCUGGCGCUGGAGCUGACUGCGGGCGCUGUGGUGUUCGCACACCGGGCACAGCUGGGCAGCGCCCUCGAGGGGGAACUGCGCGGGGGCUUACGGGCAGCUGGUAACAUGAGUGAUGAUAACCUCGUGGCCACCACCUGGCAUGGUCUGCAUCGUACCUUUCAGUGCUGCGGAGUUUCCGGACCUGCGGACUGGCACGACAGCGAAGCCUGGCCCGGCAAGCCUUGGGUACCUCAGUCCUGCUGCACCACCGCCUACUACAGCGACCCUGAUUGCGGACGCAAGGGGCGGCUGCGUGAUGAAGUAAACCCUCGUGUGGGGCGCCGGUGGCACCAGACGGGCUGCUAUGCCGCCGUCAGGCUGUGGUUCGCCCAACGCCUACACAUUCUCGGCCUCGUGGCUCUCAUUGUGGCCUUCUUGCAGCUGUUUGGCUUGAUCGCAUCGAUGCUGCUGGUGUGCACGCUGGGCGAGAAGCGCAAGUCCCGCACCUACAAAUCCUAUGCCACGGACCCCACGUGAUGUCGUCCGGCCUCUCGCAUGAUCAUCCAUGUUGGAAAAACCGCAGCAGUACUGCAGUUCAGUGGCCGGCUAGCCCUUGAAAUAAAACACUGUCUCGCUCUUUUUAGUGCAUUUUCUCAUACAUGGAAAAAAUGCCCUAUUGUGCU